AUGGGGGGUACCGGAGGUAUUGCCGGCGCGGACCAAAAUCAGCUUGGAGGAACUCGAGGGCUAUGUGCCUUCGUCGCAAUUUCUGCUCUGCAGGGAGUUUCCCUGUGCAGUUGCUGGGUUCGAGUUCGAACAGUGCUGCUGUUGGCGGCGACGUAUGUGUCCACCAUGGACGUGGAGGCGGUGGUGGGGCGCACCGCGUCGCUGCCAUGCGAUAUUGAACCUGACUCCCAUGAAGAUAGAGUCUAUAUGGUGCUGUGGUUCAGGCACGCUGGGGGGAAGCCGUUGUACAGUUUCGACGUCCGUGGCCGUAGCUUCAACAAAGCCCUGCACUGGAGCGAUCCCCUCGCGUUCGGCAAGCGAGCCUACUUUGUCACCAUGUCCCGCCCGUCCUGCCUCACCGUGGACUCCGUGCAGCUUGAUGAUGAGGGCAUCUAUAGAUGCAGGGUCGACUUCAAGAACUCCCCUACACGGAAUUUUCAGAUACGACUUAAUGUUAUUGUACCACCACAUCAGCUAUUACUAUACGACGAAGCGGGUCGAGACUUGGCUGGUGUGGUCGGGCCUUUAGAGGAGGGAGGCAACUUCACACUGCUCUGUGAGUUAAGAGGAGGUCGUCCCCAACCAUCUCUCUCCUGGCUGAUCAACAACACACCAGUAGAAGACCACACGAUCCUCAAGAACGACGGCAAAGUCAUCAUCAGUAAGAUCAGCAUCACCGGCGCCGAGAGGGGCUGGCUGAACAGCACUGUGCGAUGCCAGGCUACCAACACAGCGCUGUUGAGCCCGCAUGAACGGAGUGCGCGGGUUGAAAUGAAUUUGCGUCCAACAUCAGUUAUAAUAGUGGAGAAGCCAGGGGAACUAUCAGCUGACUCAGAAGUGACGUUAGUUUGCGUCACACACGGCAGCCGACCGCCUGCACAAGUCACCUGGUUUAGAGAGAACAGGAAAUAUACUAGAGGAAAGCACAGCGAGCAAAUAAACGAAACGUCCACAAUCAGCAAACUCACCAUGCUACCACAACCUGAAGACGAUGGAGUCACUAUCAGGUGCCGAGCUGAUAACCCCGUGUUAAGAGUGGCGCUGGAAGACUCGUUUCGGAUGAGCGUUGUUUAUAGACCGGUCGUUAGUAUGUCCCUGGGCAGCACGUUAAAUCCAAACGACAUAAAGGAAGGCGACGACGUGUACUUCGAGUGCAACAUCAGGUCGAACCCUAAAGAGCAUCGCAUCUCUUGGUACCAUAACGAUGAGCAAGUCAGUCAGAACAUGUCGUCAGGGGUGUUCAUAAGCACCAAGUCGCUGGUCUUACAGCGUGUGACGAAACAAGAUGGCGGCCUGUAUUCCUGCAGAGCGGCCAAUCAGAUUGGGGAAACUACCAGCCAAUCGGUGUAUUUGAGAGUGCAGUAUGCACCAACCUGUGCACAAACCACACCGGUAGUGAUCGGAGCUCGUCUUGACGAGUCCCUCCGCGUGCGCUGCACGGUCAGCGCAGACCCAGCUGAUGUGGCCUUUUAUUGGCAAUUCAAUAAUAGUGGAGAGAGCUUUCAAGUGUCACCUGCUAGAUAUGUGUCCACUGGAGGUACAGCGAGCGAGUUGCGAUAUCGCGCGGCCAGCGAGCGCGACUACGGGGCUUUAUUGUGUCGCGCGACAAACGCGGUGGGCACGCAGCAUAAGCCGUGCGUGUUCCAGAUUGUUCCAGCAGCUCGUCCAUCCCCACCGAGGAAUUGCACAGCCAACCGCGUGGUGACCAAGAAGGAGGUAUACCUCUCUGUGAGGUGCAUAGCAGGGUACGACGGGGGUCUGAACCAGUACUUCACGUUAGAAGCAGUUGGUGAUACCAAUAGACUGCUGGUCAAUAGUACUGCUAGCAUGCAUGACCUCGUAGUAUGGCUGAAUAUCAGCUGGUCAGUGCUGGAGUCAGUCAGCGAAGACGAGAUGCUGACAGUCAGCGCUCGGAACAAUAAGGGCGUAUCCGACCCAGUACUGUUGAGGGAACUGGUCUUUAAGGAUGCCGCUAAACAUACUGAAGAAACAACAAGGAUGAUGGCGAAGUUCCCAGUAGCGGGGGCAUUUGCAGCCGUAGUGGCGGUGCUCACUACAGCAGUUGCUAUUGUAGCUUUGGUGUUUAAGAAGCGCAACGAAACCUCAACAACCAGUAAGAGGCCUUGCCAAAGCGUGGUGCAAGUAGACGCUCAAGGGAGGAGGUACCUCAUAGCCUACCCCACUACACACAACCAAGAGAAGCUGGAGACCAAACCUGAUAUAUUGAACCCAAAACUUGGAGAAGGUGAAGGGCCUCGUGUUGUGUUGGAAUCCAGUGACAAUACGAGCUACAUCAUCCGGGAAGCCAACCCGCUACCUUCCGCCAUGCACACACCACAUGAUGAUAUGAUGCCGCCGAGAUAA